AUGGACCCCACGGCCAGUGACAGCGUGCUGGAUAGUGACCAAAUGACAAACGAAAAUGGAACAACCAAUGUGCUUGACCCAGUACCGGCUCUCGUCGACUGGUUUGAUCCAAUCCUUGGCAUCAACGACAGUCUGCAAUGGUCUGACCUGUUCUCGCUCGAUUUUGACACUGGGAACAGUCUCUUGAUGCCUCAGUAUGCUGCGCACUAUCCCGAACAUGAGUUUGGGAUGACUCAGCCUGAUUCCGGAAUAGCUUUGUCUGAAGAGACUCUGCGUGCACAAGACCCAGCACCCUUGGACUAUCCCCUAAGUUCAGCCUCUGCACAAACAUUCAACGAACCACACCCUCAAGGUGCUGCUGUAGGAAUAAUAGAACAACAUCGAAUCUUCCUAGCUGAAGUCGAUUCGCCCACCGAAGCCCAAUUUCUUUUGAAGCAUUUUUACGACUUCAUCAUUCCUGGAUGGUCAUUCAUGCCAUCCAAUGCGAAAUCGCCAUGGACCAUUUUUCAGUUAUCGGAAGCAGCAAGAUCACUUUCGGAGAUGACAUUCCUACAGACCGGGUUGCUGAAACAUGCGAAUGCGGCUAAUCUUUACGGGAUAUUAGCAUGCUCAGCUUAUCAUCUCUCGGUGAGUUCUGGUCAAACGACAAAAGAGCCUGAAUACUGGAUGGGUCUCUUCAUUCGACUGCGGAGCCAAGCAAAUGUACACAUGCAAGUAUCACUUCGCGAGGAACUCAAAGGCCCAGCAAAAGCGAAGUACAAAGAUCAACUCAUGGCAAUCUUAGCUAUGCUUGCGUGCGCGGUAAGUUAUCUUCUCCAGUAA